AUGAUUUUACAGCAAGAAUAAGAGGAAGAAAAGAAAAGAUAAGCAUAUGAAUAGUUAGGAGAUAAUCCUACUGAAGUUGAUAUAAAAUAUGUUAGCUAUUUAUUAAAAAUUCCAUUACUUACAAUACGAUAAUGGCUAGAUGAAAAAGUAGGACUUGAUGUUCAAAUAGAAAUUCAACCUGAAGAAGAGAAGGAUGUGUAAAUAAUUGGUAUUGCAAAAAAAAAAUUAAAAUUGUAAAGUCUUCAAAAUCUAUAAAUGAAGGAAGAGGAAAAUUCAUAAUAAUAAUAAAUAUCUGAUUUGCAAAAAAAAAAAAAUAAAACUCCAGAAUCUAAAGAUAAACUAAAAUAAAAUAAAAAGAAAGAAGUUAAUAAGUCAUCCCUAACAAACAAAAAGAUCUAAAAAUUAAAUUCUAAAAAUUAAAAUACUUAAAAUCCUCAAACAUAAGAAAAACAACAAUAAGAUAAUAAUAGUAGGAAUUAAAAUCAAAAAUAAUAAUAAAAUCAUAAUUCAUUAAAAUAAUUCAAUUAGAUUUAAGUUAAUUAAGCUGAAAUUGUAUAAGAUGACAUUAAUUUAAAUUAAUCUUAAAAUGAUGCACUCUAAAAUCAAAAUAAUAAGUAAGAUUAAUAAAUAGUAAAUUAAAAUGCUGAAAUCUAAUAGUAAAAUAAAUAAAUAGAGUAAGUAUCAAAACCACUAAGAAUAUGCAUUUAUAAUUAAGAUCAACUUAAAAAAUAAUCUUAAUAAAAAAAUAAUGAAAAACUUUAAGCAUUAUCUUAAUCAAAUUAAGCUUAAUUAAAUUCAUCCACAUAAUCUGAUAUGAACUCAAAUUUGCAAUAGUAAUAAUAACUUUAAAAAUAAUUUUUGUAGUCAAAUUCUUAAAAAACAAAUACAAUUUAAUAACCAAAUAAUUAAUAAAAAUAACUUAUAAAUCAAUAAACUAAUUUUUAAAAUAGUGAUAAAAUAAAGCAAAUUAUUGUAUUAGAUGAUGAUAAUACUAUGAGCUAAAGCAGUAAUAGUAAAAACAAAUAGGUAUAAUAAUUUAAGUAAUAAUAAUAACAAAAAGAUUAAAAUUAAUAAAAGUUGACUUUAAACCAUAAUCUCAAUUAAAAAUUAACAAAAAAUGAUUCUAAUAAUCAAAAUUAAAAAAAUCAACUUUCUACUUCAAGUUAAUAAAAUAUUACUCAAAAAUUAAAUGAAAUACACUUUAGCAAUAAUUCUGGAUAAAAUAAGAUUUAAUAAUUAAACAAUUCGUUAGAAGUUCAAGUGCCUGUUCAUGAGUAAUAGUAAAAUUAUAAAAAUCAGAUUUAAAAAGAAAUAUUUAGUAAUUCUAAUAAUUCCUAAUAAUAAUAAUAAGAAUUAUUAAAAUAAACUCCUGUAUUUGAUUCUAAUAAUUUUUCUAAUGUAUAAUAGGUAUAAAAAAUAUCAUAAAUAACUUUUAAUUAGUAAGAUUAAUAAUAAAAUCUUAGUGAUAUUUAAUAAAAUUAAAAUAUUUAAUAAAUUAUAGAAUAAAAAUAAUCAAUUAAUUGGUAACAAUAAAACUUAAAUUAGAAUUAAAAUGAUUAUCCUGAAAUUCAAUAAAAAAUUUAAACAUAAAGAUUUGCAGGUUUAACUUCACCUCAAUCAAAUUAUUUAAAUCCAAACAAUCAAAACUUAAUUAUUCCUUAGAAAAAUUAAAAUAUAGAAUAUUUGAUAACUAAACAAGCUUCAGUUACUUCUGAACUUAAUUUAAUUCAAUAAUAACUAAAUUAAGCUUUGCAUCAACCAAAUUAAUAAAAUUACGAAGUUAAAUAAAAAUAUUAUGGUUCUUAUGAUAUUAUUUCAAUAUUAAAUUAGCAUUCUUAAACUUUAACAUAAGUAGUUUAAAUGUUAUCAACAAUUGGAAAUUUUUAGUUUUCUUUGAUGGAAAGAUUAAAUCUGGUUUAUAAUUCAGUCAGCAAAAGUUGA